UUACUUCGAAAGAAACAUCGCAUAAGUUGUAUGGGAGUCCGCACCCUGCAAAAUGAGAAGGAACUAUUUCACUCGAGUUCACUCGGACCAGUAAGCAGAGCCGGAUCAGUUAUGUUUCGCCCAUCUCUAUUUCUAAUAACACACAACAUAAAACAGUUAUAAGUGUUACAACAGUCACGUCACAACACCUACUACACACUACACUACACUCUACACUACCAAGAAGGUUAGAGUUUCUGUAUUAAUCUAUGGGUUAGAGGUUAGAGUUAGAAGUGAAGGCUUUAUAUAUUUUUUUGUCUGUGUUCUGUUUAUAUUUGAAAGAAGAUUGUUGCAGAGCUCAGAGCAAUGACUGAUGGUAAGGAAACCUCGUGUAGGCUUUGCCUUAAAACUAUAACAGAUAAAAGUUUGGAAGUGAUGGGCAACAUUAUCAGAGACAUUCUAGAUGUUCUUUUGCUGAAAUUGAAAUUUGCUAGCGAGAGCAAAGAAGUUAUAUGUAAGGAUUGCAGAAGAAAGUUAAAUAUGGCAUUGGAAUUUAAGUCAACAUGUCUGAAUAUGGAUAACACAAUUAUUCCUUAUGUGGAUAGCGAAAAAAUGUUACAACUCGACUUAAAAGACGUGUACAUGCAGGAAAAGAAAAGUAACUUAGAUUGCAGUCAGAAGAUAUGUCGAUUGUGUAUGCACCCAGUAGAAAGUGAGUUUAGGUGUAUAUGUGAUGAGGAACUUGGAGCUAUUGAGAAAUUGGCUCCUGAAAUGAAUAUAAAUAUCAUCAAAUAUCCCGUUGUGUGUAAGCCGUGCUUUGAUUCUCUGUGCAGUCAUAACAGUUUCCUAAAAGAUUGCUUAGAGGCAGGAGAAAAAAUUAAAAGCAUUUUUGAUAGUUCGGCCGCAGAAAGUCAAAUAGAUACGGCUCCACUUGACUUAUUCGUUAAGACCGAAAACUUGGACAAAGAAUUUGAUACUAACGAGGUGGAAAUGUCCAUCAAAGAUGAAAGUAUUGACAUAAAAUCGGAAGAGGAGGAAACAAGGGACGCGCCACUGCAGAGCUCCGAUACUGUACCAUUGGAGAAGAGUGACUGUAAAGAUGCAGAAGAGGAUGGACAUAAACUCGUGAAUGGAUCAGCAGAUGAAUGUAAUACGAAAGCCAAGCAUCAAUUAUUGUACAAGAAUAAGUUUUGUUGUUUCGAAACGAAGUUUAAGGAGAGUUUUACCGGACAUCGGUUGGUACAUAAAGAUUCUUCGCAGGUUCAAAUGUACAAGUGUAACGACUGUGACUUCGAAACUAAAUAUAAGAGCCACAUCAGAAAUCACGAAUUCAUACAUAAAGUUCCUUCACAGGUUCAAUUGUACAGAUGUAACGACUGCACUUCGAAACUAAAUACAAGGAACAUAUAAAACACCACCAACUGAGGCAUAGGCAGAGUGAAAUAUAUAGGUGUAAUGACUGCAAUUAUGAAACUAAAUCCAAACGUUAUAUCAAACGGCACCAACUGAAACACCCUUCGCAUUUUCAUAUGUACAGGUGCAAUGACUGUGAUUACGAAACUAAAUACAAGAGUUACAUCAAAGUGCAUCAACUGAGGCAUAAAGAUCUUUCGCCAGUGCCAGUGACUGUGAUUUUGAAUCAAAUACAGGAAGAAGAAUACAACAAUAUUAAUUGUUGCGUGUUGAAGCGUAAAAAGGACAAUUAUUUCAAACCACCAACUGAAACAAAGAUUCUACAUUAAAUUCUAAAUUAAGUACAACGUUCUUUGCUAACAAUCAAGCAUAAGGAGUCUUUGAGGAGACCUCAAUUGAUGCACAAAAAAUGUUUGCAUCAUACAAAAUGGUCAAAAAUUGAGGCAUUUAAAAGAUACAGUUGCGAAUAUUACACUGAUUGUAAAUAUUGGGAUGUGAAGUAAUUGACUGAACCACUUUACCUCAGCUGAAUGCUAGGGCUUCAUUUUUCCAUUAAAAAAAAAUAAACAUUUUAGAAAAAAAUGCUUUAGACGAACGUUGUAGAACUUUUU